AUGUUGCCUCAAGACUCACCCUGUGCGUGGAAUGGAUCAGCUGGGCGCUGUGUGAGUGUGCACAGAUGUUUUAGUGCCAUUAAAGACAUUGCCAAUAAGACAUUUCCACCGCUCUGUUCAUUUGAAGGAAAAACUCCUAUAAUAUGCUGCACCGACUGUACUCUGGUUGAAGACACCAGAUUAAUAGUAAUCAACCCACUGUUGGGAAUCUUGUAUAAAACAGGCACGAGCAAGGCUAAAGACAAAUGUAUUGACUACAUUCACACCCUGGACUAUCAAUGCAAAAACGGAUUAUUCCCUAUUAUUAAAAAGAAGAAGCAUGAUCCUUCAGAGAACUGUACAUACGAAGGGACUGACAACCAGUUAGGCAAUAGUUUUGCGUCUGGUGGUAGAAAUGCUGAAAGGGAAGAAUUUCCUCAUAUGGCAUUACUUGGAUUUGGGGAUACUGUUGACACAGCGAACUGGUUGUGUGGAGGAACAGUGAUCAGCGAAAGGUUCAUCCUUACUGCGGCUCACUGCAUUUCCAGUCUAAGAGUAGGUUCGGUGAAGUUUAUCGCCCUGGGUAUACUGAAGCGUUCGGAUGCUCCCAGCCUUUGGCAAACGUACAACGUGCAGAGAACUAUUCCUCACCCAGAAUACCAACCCCCCUCCAAGUAUCAUGAUAUUGCUCUACUGGAGACCGACAGAAUAAUAUCAUUCAGCUCAAAAGUUCUUCCAGCAUGUCUCCACGAUGACAAUUACGAUCUGGAUUUAUACGCGGACGCCACCGGCUGGGGUGCUCUUGGAUACAAGAAGAAUAUUGCUGAUGUGUUACAAUCUGUAUCUCUGCGCCGGUUUACUGAAGAAGAUUGUUCAGAACGGUACCCAAAACACAGGCACCUAAUCAACGGCUUUGAUGUAUUAACACAAAUGUGCUAUGGGGACACGGGAGAUCAGCAGGUGCCUACAGACACCUGCGAGGGAGACAGCGGUGGUCCCCUGCAGUCUCAGGCUCAUGAUCGGUGUGUGUUCACGAUUCUGGGAGUGACCUCGUACGGCAGACCGUGUGGGGAUGCAGGCGGCGCAGGCAUAUAUACCCGCGUCAAAUACUACGUACCCUGGAUUGAAGAUAUUGUCUGGCCUUGA